AUGGCUACCGCCCCUGAUUUGACCGAGGCUGAUAUCGUUGUCCUCAAAAAUUUGUUCCACGACAUCGACAAUGGAACGGCCGGUGUUGCCGCAGACGACCGCAAGGACCAGACAUUCGAAAAGGGGCAGCACGAUGAAGAAGCCAUUGAACGCAUCAAAGCAUGGAAUGACCCGAACAGUCCCGACUUCAGAGCUACCGUCUUCGUGACCUGGGACGAUAAGGAUAUACACCCGAUCUUGAACGAAUGGCUUGUCCGACCGUACGCGAAAAUCGCAACCGGGAUUGUUCGCCACCCGACUGAUGUGGUCUUCUUCACCCAUAUCCUUCUGUACCUGUUCGUCAACCUGCCAAGCGCAAUUUGGCUAUUCUACAACUUCACCUACAUCCAUGGAGUCCUUCACGUGGCUUUCACCUUUUGGUGCACUGGAAGCUUCACUUUGAUGAUGCACAACCACAUCCACAACAAUGGCGUACUUGCCAAGGACUGGGCUUGGUUGGACCUCACCUUUCCAUACAUUCUGGAACCGUUGAUGGGACACACUUGGGAUUCAUACUACUAUCACCAUGUCAAGCAUCACCACGUGGAAGGCAACGGACCUGAAGAUCUUUCUUCGACGAUUCGAUAUCAGCGAGACGAUCUACUCAAUUUCUUGCACUACUUUGCCAGAUUCUUCUUCCUCAUCUGGCUGGAUCUACCCCUCUACUUCCUUCGAAAGAGCAAACCCAGAAUGGCGGCGAAAGCAUUCUUCUCCGAAGCUGCCAGCCUUGCAUUCAUGUACUACAUGAUGUUUCACGUCAACACACGGGCGGCUGUAUUUACACUCAUCAUCCCUUUUGUGCUUCUACGACUAGGGUUGAUGGUUGGAAACUGGGGUCAGCAUGCUUUGGUGGAUGAUAUCGAGCCGGACUCGGACUUUCGAUCCAGCAUUACUUUGAUUGACGUCCCAAGCAACCGCUUCUGCUUCAACGACGGCUACCACACUGCGCAUCACUUGAACCCAAGACGACAUUGGCGAGACCAGCCGCUCCAUUUUCUGCAGUCAAAGGACGCUUACAGAGAAGGACGAGCUUUGGUCUUCCACAACAUCGACUAUCUCAUGAUGACCAUCAAACUCUUGCAGAAGGACUACAUGCAUUUGGCGAAGUGCUUGGUUCCUAUUGGAGAUCAAAUCGGUAUGACGCAGCAGGAAAUCGCGGACAUGCUCAAGACGAAGACUCGCCGCUUCACGGAGGAGGAGAUCCAAGCGAAGUUCAAGCAGGGCCCAAAAUCUACUGCAAAUAAGCCUCGUAGAUCGAGCUUGAAAGUGGCAUUCUCGAAAGCGGCCAGCCGACUUCCAGAUGCUCUUGCUCCAAUCACUUUGAGCCCGCCUCGAGUCGAAGCAGAGUUGAUCCGCAAAGACCAAUGA